AUGAUAGUGUCUCGCCACACUCACAAGCGAUCGUCUUCUCAGUGGGUUCCACCGUCUGCACCGCUGCACAACCCUAUCACGAUCCUUCGGAGUCGCCACAGCCGAGAGAAAGGAUCCCGUAUGAUUCAGCCGAAUCAUAUGUUUGAUGAACCUCGCUACGACCUCGGCAACUUCCAGAAGUUCACUGACAACGCGAUCACAACAACCAAAUACAGCUUGCUCACAUUUAUAUGCAUAUCAAAUAUCUUCCCAUCUAAAGAUCGUCAGAUGUUUCGAAAAAUGUACUGGAAGCACAUUCUGGUCGGCGAUUUUGUUCACAUCUCCAACGAGCAAGACAUACCUGCCGAUGUGCUGUUCUUGAGGUUUGAGAAGUUUUCAAAAGUCGUUUAUCACAGCGCCAGUCAAAUUGAAGGUUGCGGUAGUCAAUAG